AUGCUGGAGAAGCGCAUGCGCAGAUUACAUGCCUCAGCCUCACGCGGCUGUCACCUCUAUCUGCUACAGCCACACCAACAAAGCGGACAUUUUGCUAAGUCAUCUAUAACCAUGGACGCGUGCUCCAAACCAGGACCAGAUGAUAAUCCAGAGGACGAGCUGACAAACUUGGUGUGCCAAGGAGAUGAUCUUAAAGAUGGAGAGAUGAGAGCUGUGGAAGUGGGCGAUGCCACAGUGUUGCUUGUACGAACGGAGGGCCAGUACACUGCGAUUGGAAACAAAUGUUCCCAUUAUGGAGCUCCUUUGAUUAAAGGAGUGCUGAUGGGGAACAGGGUGCGAUGUCCUUUUCAUGGAGCUUGUUUCAAUGUUAAAACUGGGGAUAUUGAGGACUUCCCAGGACUCGACUCCCUCCCAUGUUACAAGGUCACAGUGAAGGGUGGAAAUGUGUAUGUAACUAUCAACAGAAAAUCAAUGAUUCAAACUAAGAGAGUGAAGGAAAUGUGUAGUGUGACUCAAGAUUUCAAGGAGACCAUUGUUUUAAUUGGAGGAGGCCCUGCUUCCUUGGUUUGUGCUGAAACACUGCGUCAGAACAACUACAAUGGCCGCAUUGUUAUGAUAACCAAAGACAGUUUGCCUCCUUUUGAUAAGCCAAAACUGAGUAAGGCUAUGGAUGUAGACAGCAGUAACAUUCUCCUAAGGUCCUCUGACUUUUUUAACAAGAUUGGCAUUGAUUUGUGGACCCAAAAGGAGGUAGUAUCUGUGAACACGGACAACAAGGUGGUGGAACUGAGUGACGGCAUCAUGCAGAAAUACAACAAGCUUCUUAUUGCAACUGGCUGUAGAGCCCGUCCGCUCAGCUGUUCUGGGUGGAAUUUGGAAGGAGUGAAGAUGUUACAGAGUUACGAAGAUGCAAAAGAAAUCCACGCUUUGUCAGUGGGUCAAAAGGCAGUUGUGGUUGGAACAUCUUUCAUAGGAAUGGAGGCAGCGUCAUACUUGUCAGACAAAGCUGCUAGUGUAUCAGUGAUUGGCACAUCAGCCUAUCCAUAUGAACGCUCUCUUGGCCCUGAAAUUGGACAAAUGACGAUGAGCAUGUUGAAGGAGAAUGGCGUCAAGUUCUACAUGAAAAGUGGAGUUUCUGAAAUCAGAGGAAACAAUGGCCGGGUGAAAGAAGUGGUGUUGAAGGAUGGUCAAGUCUUGGAAGCAGAUGUAGUGAUUGUGGGAAUAGGUGUGAUUCCCAACUCAGACUUUUUGCAAAGAAGUGGUGUUGAAAUAGACUCAAGGAAAGCUGUUAUUGUUAAUAAAUUCAUGAUGACCAAUGUCCCAGAUGUUUUCAGUGCUGGGGAUGUGACUGCCUUUCCGCUAACCAUUCGAAGUGACCAAAUGGUCAGCAUUGGCCACUGGCAAAUGUCACAUGCUCAUGGGAGAACAGCUGCCCUGAGCAUGCUAAAGAAGCCCAAUGAGAACAAGUCUGUUCCUUUCUUCUGGACAGUUCUACUUGGAAAAUCAAUCAGAUACACAGGUUAUAAUGAAGGCUACGCAGAAAUAAUAUUCAAAGGCACAGUGGAGGAGAGAAAGUUCUUGGCCUUUUACAUUAAGGACGAUGUGGUGGUAGCAGCAGCCAGUCUUAUGUUUGAUCCUGCUGUGGCUCGUCUGGCAGAAAUGAUGGCUUUGGGACAAUGCAUAACGAAAACACAAGCUCUUGCAGAGGACCUGAGCUGGCUGCAGAUGUAA